AUGACGUUGUAUAAGAGUAAAAGCUGGAGUGUUCGUGAUGAGGUGAAAAGCAAUAAGAAGAAUAAUAAGAUCCAUAUUAAUAGGAUCUUGAUAUCGAUCAAUAUUGUUGGUAGUUCGGGGCCAUUAACAAUUGUGGUUAAUGAGGAUGAUGUUGUUUGUGAUGUUAUUGACAAAGCUCUCAAAUUUUAUACACGUCAAGAAAGAUUACCUGCUUUAAAAUCUGAUGCAUCUUAUUAUGUUUUACACUGUUCAAAUGAUGAUGUUUCUGAUGCUCUAAGUCCAUCUGAAUCUAUAGGAACUUUUAGGACAAGAAAGUUUGUGCUGUCUGAAAAGGAAGCAUCAUCAACAAAGACAGAAGACGCAGGAUCAAAGGGAAGGAAUGGUAGCUGGAAAUCAUUUAGUUUCAAAAAAUUUAGUUUUGCACUACAUUGUGCAGCAGCUAUAGGUGGUGGUAGAGAUUAA